CACCCUAUAAGUCGCUGGAUAGCUCGUUACUUCCUUGACCCCCCUGAAAAGAACUAUGAGAAAGAGAUGGCUGUGCUUGAUGUUGAAGCAAAGAAAACUCAACUGAGGCUGAUGGAGUUGGAGGCACGCAGACUGAUGAGACACAGGGGAGAUGGACCUUGGUAUCAUUAUGAAACACCUGAUAAAAAUCUUGUUGAUAAUUCUAUGAAAUCCACACCUGACAAUUAA